UGUAAACUGCGUCGAAACCCAAUUGUCUCUUCAUCUCUCUCUCUCUUCUUUUUCUCUGCGGUUUAGUCGUCGUCUCCUCUAUUAUGCAGAUCUCCGGCGAAGAGGACAAAGAAGAAGAAGAAGCUGCUCUUACGAGCUGUAUGCCCAAAGAAGUAAGCAACGUCCCAAUUUCAGAUUCCGAGAAGUUCGUAUACCGAAUUCUCAACGGUCCAAACGAACAAUGUCUGGAGAAUUUCCGAAUGGAUAAGCCUGUCUUCUACAAGCUAUGCGACAUCCUUCAAACCAGAGGCCUAUUACGCCACACGAACCGAAUCAAGGUCGAGGAGCAACUAGCCAUCUUCCUGUUCAUCAUCGGUCACAACCUUCGAACUCGAGCUGUUCAAGAACUGUUCAGAUACUCUGGGGAGACGAUCAGCCGCCAUUUCAACAACGUGUUGAACGCGGUCAUGGCGAUCUCCAUGGAUUUCUUCCAGUCAGCUCCGAUUUCUCCUCUAGAGGACGAUCCUUGCUUCAAAGACUGUGUUGGAGUCGUUGAUUGCAUACACAUACCUGUCAUGGUUGGAGUCGACGAGCAAGGUCCAUUCCGCAACAACAGCAAUGGGUUCCUUACGCAGAACGUUCUCGUGGCUUCUUCCUUUGAUCUCAGGUUCCACUACGUGUUAGCUGGUUGGGAAGGCUCAGCUUCUGAUCAACAAGUUCUCAUUGCAGCUUUGACUCGCCGUCACAAGUUACAUGUCCCUCAAGGAAAGUACUACAUUGUGGACAGCAAGUACCAGAGUCUUCCAGGCUUCAUGGCGCCGUAUCAUGGUGUUUCAAGAGAAGAAGAAUCAAAGGAGACUAUGUUCAACGAGCGGCACAAGCUGUUGCAUCGAGCGAUUGACAGAAGUUUUGGAGCCUUGAAAGAAAGAUUCCCGAUCUUACUAUCAGCUCCUCCGUAUCCUCUACAGACGCAAGUGAAGCUGGUGAUUGCGGCGUGUGCGUUGCACAACUACGUGCGCUUGGAGAAACCAGAUGAUUUCGUGUUUAGGAUGUUCCAAGAAGAAGAAGAAGAUACAAUGGCGGAAGAGGCAUCAGAGGAAGAGGAGGUUCAAGGAGAGAUGGAGGGACAUGAUGGACAUGGCUCGUUUACAGCUCCAGAACAAGUGGCAGAUUGUUUAAGGUUAAGAGAUGAGAUCGCAUCUCAUCUCUGGAACCAUCAUCAUGUCCAAAAUCUACCUUGACAGUUUCUUCAUUUUUGUUGUUGUUUUGCUACUAAUAAAUUCUUCAACCCAAAA